AUGUCUAGUUACCCAAAAAAAAGAAUAAACUUUUCAGAAUUGGAUGAUCAUUUCGAUGAUGAUUAAUAAAUUGAUUCUCUAAGAUAUAAUGCAGAAAUUGAUAGCGCAAUUCAAAUUAAAAAGUCAUCAGAUCAUGAAAAACUAAAUGAGGUACAAUAAUUAUUACAAUUUUCACCUCAUCCUUAAUAAGAAAAUUAGAAAUUAUCAUCUGUUCGGUGUUCAUUUGGAUUGAAUUCAAAUAACAAUUUCAAUCCAAGCAGAUUACCAUUCUCCCAAAAUUAAAAUAGUGUAAACUCUUCAAUUCAAAUUGGUUCACCUGACACAGCCUAAUUUCCAUUAUAGAAGAAGUUUCUUAAAUUGUACCAAAUGAGAUCUUCAAUUGAAGAAAUCAGUGCGGAGAAUGAUCUUAGUUAAAGCAGAGAAAACAUGACCAAGAAUUCAAAUCGCACAUUAAACACUGAAGAGGAUAAAAAUGUGCAAUAUAAUCAAGAUGAGAACUUAUAAAAUGAAUUAUACGAAAAUGAUUCAUAUGCUCUAUUUACCUAAUUGCUUGAGUAAUUGGAAUAGUCACAGAACUAAAUAUAAAAGCAACAAUUACAAUAUCAAGAGUUGCAAUCUAAGUAUGAAAAAUAGUAAUCACAAAUUAUUUAUUUGACCAAAUUAAAUUAAGAAAUCACAAAAACCCUGGAUGAAACUCAGAAUCAACUACAAUUGUUGAAUGAAACUAAUGGACUACUAAAGAAAAAGAUCCAAUCUUAUAAAUAGUAUAGUAUCACAGAGUAGUCUCAAUACAAUGGAAAUACCAAUAGAUACAAUAAAGAGAAUAAUGAUUAUUUAAAGCACCACAACAGCACAGAAUCCAAUUAAUCUAUUGAACUAGUUAACAAUCUCAAAAAAACACAAAAGGUUACCAAGACAUAUUCCAAUGUCAUUAUGAUGUUGCUAUUGAUGAUCUAAAAAUGCUUUUAUUUAGAUGAAUCAAUUGAUAAAGAAGGAAAAGAAGUUAUUAAUAAGAUAACUCAAUAGAUAAAUCAAAGAUAAUUGUCAUAGGAUAAUAUUGUAUUUUCAAUUGAAUCCCUAAUAAAGUAUUUUGAGCAAAGAUUCUCAGAUAUGGCCACCAAAAAUAGUAAGGCGUCAUCGAUGAGCAAUAUCAUGGAUUAAAUCAGGUAAUUGGUUGAUCAAAGAAGUAAUUGA